AUGGGGCCCAAGAAGAAAUGCCUUGACCGUGCUUGGUUCUUUUUCGUUUGCACGGACGAGCUUCGUAAGCGUGUUGAGGAGGCGGAGGCCCAACUACGCGAGGAGGCCAAGAUCAUCGAGCGUAUGACCCGCGACAACAAAAGUAAGCAGGACCAGAUCAACGCCAUGGAGAAUUUGCUGCAGCGGGAGGCCGAAAAACACCAGGAAACACUUCGGCUGCUGGAAGACGAACACGCGACGCAGAAACAGCAAGCUGAGCAUGAGAUCGACGUACUGCGUCGUCAGGUUUGCCAGCUAGAGCUGCAUGUAGAAGCCUAUGAUGUGCUAGAAGCUGCGAAUGUCAAGCUGCGUGAUCGCGUGGAAGAGCUGAUGCAAGAGAUGGAGCAAGAGAACAAGACUCAUGCCGAGGAAAUUCACAAAGUGCGGCUCGACAUGUUCAACCACAAAAUGGCGCUGGAAAAGACGUUCCGCAAAGCCCUUCAAGAGCUUGAUGCAGACUACCUCAAGAAGGCAUUCAAUGCCAUGUCGGAAGAAAGCAAAAACGCACUGGUGGCAAAUGCCAAGUUGAAGGACGAACUACAAUUACAGAGCAUCGGCGUGGACAAUUUGAUGCACCGGUUCACGCAGCAGGCAAAGCAUUUCCAGAGAAUGAAAGUAGAGAACGAGAUUCUGGAGCAGGAAAGCCACCUUCGACUGCGAGAGGUGGCCACGAUGAAGAAGAUGCAUCUAACUGCUGCUCGAACAAUCGAUAAACUGAAGGAAGAUGUGA